AUGGUUAAGGGUGCCUACAAUCGCCCACCUUCUGGCGGCGGCGGCGGCGGCGGCGGCUUGCAGCCGUAUGAUUAUAAAAAGCCGAGACCAAACAACCCACGACCGCCAGGGCCAACACCACCCAGUCCAUCGCCUACCACGAUUCCCGAUAAUAGUAGCGACGAGGAGAAUACCGGCAAUAGUGAUAACCAUGGCAAUGAUGGCGGUAACUAUGGCAACAGCAACAGUAAUAGUAGUGGUCAUAGCAACAGUGACCACGGUAACAGCAUGCGCUACCAUAGCAACGACCACGAUAACGAUACCGGCGACCAAUACCAUGCUGCUACUCCAGGAGACGAUGAUCCCGGUGCCAUAGGGAGGACAACUGUCAUCUUGGCGGAAACUAGGGAUCUUACCACGAAUGACCCCAACUUACUUUCGUCACCGUCUUCUUCACUAUCAUCAUCACCAACACAAUCAAGACGAACAAGAAGAAAAGCCCCUCUCGCUUUUUUCAUCACAUUGAAGUCACAAUUUCGGCGAUUGCUGUUUUGUAUUCCUUCUUCUACAGGAACUUCAACCCAUCAUCAUCAACGGCAACAGCAAGAGCCUCAUCAGCAUCAACAGCAUUAG